CUCUUAGCGGGCAGUGCGGCCUAGGGUGUUGUCAAGGAGCCUGCCUCGAUUUGAGGGCUUCCGGUCCUGCCUGGGGCCGCCUCCUCCACGCUGCCUCCCGGCCUGCAGGGCUUCCGUGAUGGGCUCCCCCGAUCCCAAGAUGACGGGCAGCGGGUUCCAGCCGCACCUGGACUCGCUGCGGCGGGAGCUGCAGGGGCAGGAGCCGGCCAUGCUGUCCAUCCUGGUGGCCAUGGUGCUGCUGCUGCUCACAGCCGUAUUCUGGAAACUCAUCCGAAGCAGAAAGAGUGGAAAGAACGCAGUACUUCUCGUUGGCCUUUGUGAUUCAGGAAAAACGCUGCUUUUUGUCAGGCUGUUAACGGGCACGUACCGAAAAACCCAGACCUCCAUAACGGACAGUUCUGCCGGGUACAGAGCCCGCAACGACAGGGGCACCAGUUUGACCUUGAUUGACCUCCCGGGACACGAGAGCUUGAGACUUCAGUUCUUGGAGCGGUUCAAGGAAGCAGCGAGGGCCAUCGUGUUCGUGGUGGACAGCGGGACAUUCCAGCGAGAGGUGAAAGACGUGGCACAGUUUCUGUACCAGGUGCUAAUCGACAGUUUGGUCCUGAAGAACGCGCCUUCCCUGCUAAUCGCCUGCAACAAGCAAGAUAUCACAAUGGCAAAAUCAGCCAAGGUAAUUCAGCAGCAGCUGGAAAAAGAACUGAACACCUUACGGGUGACCCGCUCGGCCGCCCCCAGCACGAUGGACAGCUCGGCCGCCGCCGUGGCCCCUCAGCUGGGGAAGAAGGGCAGAGAGUUCGACUUCUCCCAGCUGCCGAUGAAGGUGGACUUCCUGGAGUGCAGCGCCCGGGGAGGCACCGGGGAAGAGGGCAGCGCCGACAUCAAGGAUCUGGAGAAGUGGCUGGCCAGGGUCGCCUGAAAAGCGGCGGCGAGGGCCGUCCCGAGCGAAGCCCCGCGACCCCUGACUGGGAGGUCUCGGAAAGGAGAGGCCAGGCCGGGGAUGGGGACGCCCAUCAGGUUCAAGAAAACAUUUGGCCGCUUUGGACAGUAGCGGGGGGGAUUUUAUCCAACGUCUUUCGGUUGGUUUGGAAGCGUUGCCUUUGAUGGCGUCCUCUCCGACCGCCCUCGUCACCCCCUCCCGCCCGGCAGCAGCGUUUUCCCUUACGUCUUGUUCCUCCUGAUUAAGACCAAGUGUCAGCCAGGAGAAUUCAGCCACUGUCAGGUUGAAUUUUCACGCCCCCGUGACUUAGUCCUUGCCAACUUCCCUUCAGUAAAAAAAAACAAACCCCCCCAAAAAAAUCCAGCCCCGACAUCGAAUUGAUUUCCGAUUUCUCUGAUUUCUUUCCUCCCUUUGCCCUUUUUUUUGACCUCUGCCCUAUCCUUUUGACCGCUGCUCAUAGUCUGCCCCAUCCUAAUUCUGAGCUGUCCCAAUUCCCGAUGAUGGGACGACAGCAAAAAAGCUUUCCUGGGGUUGGGAUCGUCUUUCCCACCCCCUGCUCCCUCAUUGAGAUCGUAGCUUCCAAAGCCAAGGAAUGAGCGUCGUCCACUCCUUUGAAGGUCAGGUUUUUCCCAUUACUUGUUAACUUUGCUUUUUAAGGAAUGAGCGUCGUCCACUCCUUUGAAGGUCAUGUUUUUCCCAUUACUGGUUAACUUUGCUUUUGUAAGUCUGCUGUUUAGAAACUCUGCGAUCCUAAAAGGUGUGUAUUUCUGUAGCGGAAUGCUCGGCUUUUUUUGCCCCCCUCUUGGAACGUGUGGCUUUUUUUGAAAUAAUGACAGAUUGUUCGUAAAUAAAUGACCAGCUUGCUAUAAAGCAA